AUGGACGUGGAUACACCUGGGCUUUCGCCCAGACCAUCCACGUCAACUGCAGCUGCUCCGAGAAAGCGCACCGGCCACCCGAGUGAUGCCGACAGCGAGGACACGCUGAUUUACUCUACGGCCAGUGACGAAAGCUCAGAUGAAGUUGACUUUGUGCCUGUGACGAGGCGCAAGGCAAAAAGAAGACUACUGAUGGCAUCUCCUUCAUCAAGUAAGACUACUACGAAGACGCGAGAGCCACCGGUUCACACAAUUCUGUUUAUGCCGGUGGCUGCUGCUGAUAGUCUAAACCGGCUCAAUCGUCAAGCCACGUCUAGGUCUCUUGAGGCCAUCGCCCCGGGACAAAUUGUGGAUGUGCGGAUCAAUAGCCGUAAGAAUGUUCUCGCCAUAGACGUCACGCAACGAAACACACUGGAUGUAUUGAGCAACGUCAAGGUGUUGGAGGACAUAAACGUGCGUUCCUACAUACCUGACGGCAGGGACUCUACAGCCGGUGUUAUAUACGACGUCGACAUUUCCAUAAGCGAAAGUGACUUCCCGGUUCUCAUUAAGCCGGUGACGGAAGGACUUAUCAUACUGCAAGCCCGUCGUCUGGGUAACUCACGCUGUGUUAAACUGGUGUUCAAGGGAGACAGCCUUCCAUCGCACGUCAAAGUCGGCCAUUUUCGACACGCAGUGCGACCCUUUGUGCCGAGGCCACUUCAAUGCCGGAACUGUCUUAAGAUGGGACACGUGAGCGCUGUUUGUACAAACCCUGCCGUGUGUUCGCGAUGCUCAGAGUCGCACAGCACAGACGCCUGCCAUGCAGAACACCGCAAGUGCGGCAAUUGUCACGGCCCUCACGACGCAUCGUCAAAGGAUUGCCCAAAUAUGAAAAAGGAGAUGCAGGUGUUGAGGCAAAUGGUCCGGGACGGCUCAACCCGAAGAGAGGCUGCUGCCAAGGUGCGACGCCGACGUUCUCGUCGCCGGAGGCCUUCUCAGCCUGCUGCCGAAGCUGGGAACGCACCUCUCCAAAUGACCGUCCAUACACCACCACAAGCGUCCAGCAACACCGGCAACGAACAGUCCAAGAAAGACGCGAGCAUCAUCGGCCCACCUGACGCAUGGCCAGCGUUGCCGACGGUGGACCCGCCAACAGAGCCACAGCGUCGCUCGUCUAAAAUCACUUCCGAACGACAGUGCGGGGAUAGUCGAGAUAAGGAGAUCGUAGCCAUGGUAAAGGCCCUCAUGAAUACGAUUCGUGCGCUCCUAAAUAGCAUCAACACUCCGGCGGCUAAGAGGGCACUUCAAAUAUUGGAUGCACUGAACCCGGUGCUGUCAAGCCUGGAAAAGCACCAUGGCUCCUCCUCUGCAAGCCUUCCGUAA